AUGAUCUCCGACCCAAAAUCCUCUGAUAUCUCUUGUCUCCGACUCCUCUUGUUCCACACGGGAAACCUGGGAACCGUUGCUGCCUCCUCAGAAGUCAAGAUAGUUGGUGGAUAUGAAUGCAACUCCUGCUCUGUUCCCUGGCAGGUAUCCCUGGAUAUGGGUUACCAUGGCUGUGGAGGGUCCUUGUUCAGUGACCGCUGGGUGGUAUCUGCUGCCCACUGCUAUUACAGUUACCUGAAAGUGCUGCUUGGGGCUCACAGCCUGAUGGAUCGCACAGGGACGGAGAGGCUAGUUGGUGUAGACAGUAUCUACCAACACCCCCAGUUUAACAUUUACUCUCUGGACCACAACAUCAUGCUCAUUGAACUGGCUGAGACCCUCCACAUGAAUGACUACAUCCAUCCAGUGCCACUCCCAACAAAAUACCCACUGCCCCAUACCGAGUUUGUCAUGCCAGAUAAGCUGCAUUAUGUGAGUGUUCCAUUGAUGAAUGACGAUGUUUGUAAUUCGGCCGACCCUGGCCUUAUCACCAGCACCAUGAUCUGUGCUGGCUACAUGCAAUGUAAGUUACCAUUUGAAAUGCAUUUAUUGGGUAUUCCUAAACCCUGUGGAGACUCUGGGGGACCCUUGGUGUGCGAUGGUCUCCUGGAAGGCAUCGUGCCAUGGGGACAGGGCUGUGCGCAGAGGAACUAUCCCGGUGUGUACACCAAGGUCUGCACACUGCUCCCCUGGAUCCACAAAAUCAUGGCCACAAAGUGA